AUACCACCUAAGAUCUCGUUAAGCACAUACUCUGGCUCACAGUACGAGCAUCUGACACCACCCUUUAUUAUCCUCUCUAAGUUAAGUAGUUAAAGCACUUUAAUAAGCACAUAAAGGCGCGCACUGUUGGCAGCUACUAACUACUUAUUCUAGAUAGCUACAAGAGCUAUAACUUAGUUAAAUUCUACUAGUACUGUAAGGAGCACAAGAUUAUUACUCUGUGUAUGCCCCUACACUUAUCCUAUCUGCUACAGCCGCUUGACGUGGGUUGUUUCUCCCUAUUGAAGAAGGCCUAUGGCCGCCAAGCUGAGCAGCUAAUGCAGAGCAAGAUCACUUGCAUCACUAAACUUGAGUUCUUGCUGUGCUUUAAAGCUGCUUUUAAUGCUUUAAUUACUAAGAGCAACAUCUAGGGAGGAUUUAGAGGCGCUAGCCUAGUCCUGUUUAACCUAGAGGCUGUGAUAUUAAAGCUUAAAGUACAGCUACACACGCUAACGCCACCUAUUAUAGACAACAGCACGUGGGAGUCUAAGACACUAAGCAAUACCCUAGAAUUUAGACAUACUAAUAGCUUACUAAUAUUAAUAGUUAACGCCCUUAAUUAGCUUACUAAAGGCGCAGAGCUAAUAGCGCAUUUACUAGUUUUAGUAGCUAAUAAGGCUACUACACGCUGUAAAUUACACAAAAGAAAGCAAGUACAGCAAGAUAGGGUAUUAACCUUUGCUAAGGGAGUGUGGCUAACUACUCUAAAGAAGUUUAAGGCCUAUAGUGAUAGGAAGAAGGCAAAGAAGAGA